AUGUACAGAUUUGAUCCACCCAACAACGUUUGUAGCUCGGAGAAGGUUAAAGAGGAAGCUAUUUCCAUGGAUCAUAUAAGCACAUUGCCCCAUGCGCUUCUUGUGGAGAUUUUGUCCCGCCUGACCUUAAAAGAAGCAGCUAGGACAUCAAUCCUCUCCGUGACUUGGGUUGAUUUGUGGAAAUUUGUUCCAAACUUGGACUUCGACGUUCCAAAGAUGAGGCAGUGCAUCUGGGAAAAUUAUUGGAAUUCAGGGGAUAUGGAGCCCGUGCUUUUCGAAAGGUGGAGGUACAUUGAAUGGGUUAAUAGGGUCUUGACACACUACCAGGGUCGGAAAGUGAACAACUUUCACGCCUGUUUCAACAUUCAUAAUGAAUCCAAUGCCAAUGGUGACAUCGAUAGGUGGUUGGACUUUGCAAUCUCAAAAAGAGUUCAGAAGCUCAAGCUGGACUUUGACCGGUAUGGUGAUACCAGUUGGGAUGCUUCAGGGUGCUAUAUUUUCUCGGAACGCUGUUUCAAACAUAUGAAAACCCCUGAGGGUUUAUCGGAUAUUCGGUACCUUCAGUCCUUGUGUUUGGCUUUCGUUGAUGUGAGCGAUGAGAUCCUUGAGCAUUUCCUUUGCAAUUGUCCUCUACUGGAGAAGUUAGCCGUCCAACAUUCCCAUGGUUUAGUAAGGUUUGAAGUUGCUGCUGGCUUGUCGUCACCACUGCCGUUGAAGCACUUGGAAGUAGUCCAUUGUAAGAAUCUAAAGGAGAUUGAAAUCGAUGCGCCUAAUCUCACCUACUUCAAGUUGGAUGGUCGGUUUCCAGAUGGCAUUGAUCUUCGAAUGGAAAAUAUAUCGUCGCUUACCGGAUUGGACUUGUACAACAUGAUUGAUCCAGGUCCUGUUUUCCUUCCUCGAGCAAAGUUUGCACGGCUGGAGACCCUCACUUUUAUGUUUGACGCGCGUAAAGCCAAGUUUCCCAGGUCGAUUGAGGAGUUGACGUCCCUUAAGCAGCUGACUGUUUAUGUGCUCGGUUCUGAUAGGAACGAGAUUCGUGGUCUGCUCCCCGUGAUAAAUGCUUGUCCUUCAUUGUACCAACUGUCGGUUCGGAUGGACACCGACGAAGAAAAGGAUAGCUCCUGCCGCAUUUGGGGUGGGAGUGAGAUGGAGGAGAUGCACAGGGAGAGCAUCAAAGUGGUGGAGGUUAGUGGGUUUGCUGGUAGCGCAGCUACCUAUACAGGGCGUUGGUUCCUGGACUAUGCGCUGCGGAACUUUGUGACGCUUGAGAAAUUGAUUCUCGAUAGUCGCACAUGCACUAGUACUGGACGCAUAUUUAACGCCCCGAGAGUGCAAGCUGAAGUUGCAGUCGCGUGCAUUCAGAUGUUGAAAUCUAGACUGCCCUCAACCGUUGAGCUUGUUAUCCCCGUUAGUUAA